AGCGGUCAACUCACCCCGGAGAUGGCGCGCCGGCUGGCCCUGGCCUUCAGCGACCUCGACGCGCUCAAGCGGCAGACGGCGGAACUGCGCGCGCUCGUCGUCGAAGUCAGCAACGGAGAUCCAAGCAUGUAUCGAGAUUUGCAAGAUCGAUUGAAACAAGCCGAAACAUUAUUACAACAAAGUACUGGCGGUAUGAAUGGUGAGCAGUUUCAAGUGUCUGGUAACAAGGAACCAACCUCAGAAUACGAACAGUUGAGGAGGCGAUUGAAAAAUGGAGUCCAUGAGUUUUGGUACUACAUGUCAUCAGAACUGCAUAAACUCCAAAAGCAAGCUCAGACAAGCGCUCCACAAAUGAAUUCUGUUGGGGCACUGUUGACGGACCUGAGUUCCCUGCAGAAGGCAGAUCAGUACGACAGUUGGCGGGAGAAGGAAGCUGCUGAAUUGAGCGAUUUAGUGCAGCGCAGACUCCACUUCUUGCAGAAUCCUCCAGACUGCAGCCAGGCACGCAAACUUGUCUGCUCUCUCAAUAAGGGUUGUGGCUUUGGCUGCCAGUUGCACCAUGCUGUCUAUUGCUUCAUGGUGGCCUAUGGAACAGAGCGUACCUUGAUCCUGAAAUCAUUCGGUUGGAGGUACCACAAAGGAGGUUGGGAGGAGGUCUUUCUGCCCCUUAGCAACACGUGUCGCGAUGGAGAUGGAGCUACAUACGCUCACUGGCCUGGUAAACCGCAUACACAAGUAGUCGAUCUCCCAAUCAUAGACUCGUUAUCCCCUCGACCACCUUAUCUGCCCCUGUCUGUGCCAGCUGACCUAGCACCUCGGCUGUCACGACUGCACGGCAAUCCGUUUGUGUGGUGGGUGGGACAGUUCCUCAAAUACAUGCUGCGGCCACAGACGAGUAUCUCGACUCUCCUUCAAGAGUCUGCGCACAAAUUGGGUUUUGAGAAGCCAAUCGUUGGAUAUCCGCAUUACGAAAUACUUGGUGAUCCUGUGGUUGCCAAGUCAGCAGCUGUUGCUACAAGAUAUUCAGACAACUCACUAAUGGGAAUCAUUGUUGACAUACAUUUUUUGUCUCUCUCUGACUAUCUAGUCUGUACUUUUUCAUCACAGGUGUGUCGAGUUGCAUAUGAAAUUAUGCAGAGUUUGCAUCCAGAUGCUGCUGACAGAUUCCAUUCUUUAGAUGACAUUUAUUAUUACGGAGGGCAGCUUUCGCACAACCAGGUUGCUAUUUACCCACACUCUGCUCAAAGUCCUGGGGAAUUGGACCUCAAGGUUGGGGAUCAAGUUGGAGUCGCUGGCAAUCAUUGGGAUGGAUAUAGCAAAGGUAAAAAUCUCCGAACAGACAAGAUCGGGCUGUAUCCAUCCUUCAAAGUGGUGGACAAAGUGGAAGUUGUGGAUUUCCCCACAUACUCAGAAGUCCCCCUCAAGAAACCAUCCAACAAAGACUCCAAAACUUGAAAAGCUGAACUUGUGAUCCACAUUACUUUAUUUUGUGUCAAGAUGUUACCCAGAGAGAUGAAGCAAUGUUGUCAAUGGCUUUAAGAAACUUCAAAUGAAGAUCAGUCUAGCAAAGAAGAACCAAAUGUAAAUGUGUGGUUUGUGCUGUUUUGUCAGUGUUAGAUGAUUUGAGUAUUAUGUAUGUGAGAAUGAAUGAGGAGGGGAGAAGCUUGUGGAACAAACCACAACUGUGCAGAAGCAAUCAAUGUAAACUUAUUUUUGCUGGAAAUUUAUUGAUUGUUGGCUUGUUAUUGUUUUCAGCACUUUUGAGUUUUCAUUUCUAUUUUUUCAUUGUUUAACAUACAUCAGAUUUUUAGAAAGGAUAUAGAUAGAAAGAAAAUACACUUAAUUGUUUUUUUGUUUGUUGUGUAGUGUACAGAUUUUUAUGUUUCUAUUUCAGUAAUUUUUGUUUUUAACAAAACAUCAAGUUUUCAUUUCUUUCUCCUCAGUAAAAACUUAUUACUAAAUGUGAAAAUUUAUAUUUCUACCAAAUACUGUAUAUGCAUUUAUGACAAGAUAAACUUAAGUUUUUUAGAUAGAUCACUGGCAGUUUUUACAGUUUUGUUAGUAUUAUUUAUGUAUGUUUUGUAACAAAUUUGUUUUGGAUGAUAUAUAACAGAACAAUCUUCAUAUUUUUCUGCAAAUAAUAUACAAAAGUAGUGAAUGUAUAUUCUGAUGUGCAUAUUAGGAACAAAUGUGUAUCAUCCUCAACUGAACUAUCAAACUUUUCUAUGAAUGUCUGUGGAAAUUUGACAAAGGAACAAUAUUAUAGUAUGUGUAUAUAUUUGAAUGUAUCUUUAAAAUAUUAAACAGAAUAUAUUUUGUAGUUUGCCAUGCUUUUUCUAUUUUGGCCUCAUUGGAAUUUUUGUUCAUGAAUGAUACUAAUAAUUUGUUUCUUCUCUAAUUACAUUUUAAUUUGAGUAUUUUCUAUGUUCCUGUGUGUGAAUGCUAUUUACAAGCAAAAGAUUAAAAACAUGAAUGAUUUAUUGCCAUGUGUUUAUGUUUUGGCAAUAAAUGGCUUUCCCCCCCCCCCCCCUCCUUUUUCACAAUAUUGUGUGCAACUAAGACCAUCAGCUGGUGCUUUCAUGUGCUAAUAAGAAAAUACGUUUUAAAAAAUUGAUAUUUUUGAAGAACAAUUUUAGUAUCUAAGUUUUAUUCAGCAAUCGCAUAAGAGGGGAUGAAUUUAAUGAAAUUGCCUGAUUUAAAAAAAGAACUCAUUAAGAUGUUUUUCUCCCAAUUUUUUUAUUUUACUUCAAAGGAGAUAAAUUACAUUAUGUUGACAGAACAUAUUUACUUAUGUCACUGUCACUGUACUAGAAAGUGGUAUUUGCGUACAAAUGCA